AAAAGUUGUGAUUAUCAGGAGCCACAUUGGUAAUGUGUGAAUAUAUAUUGAUAAAAGCAAAUAAGAACGCUGUUUGAUAAUAAUUCCCAAGCAGAGGUAUUGAAGAAACUCCAAUCUGUCGUAAAUCUACCUAACCAAGCAAUGACGUCACCAAUGCAUAUACAUCUCCAAAGAGCCUGUCGUAUUAUUGCCUCUUUUAUAUAUUAUAGGCCACCACAUAUUGUUUUUCAAUGUUUGAAAACUACGAAAAAAUAUCUCUCUGAGUAGUAACUACUAGAAAAAAAAAACUGCACUCUAUUCUACUGGCCCAAUCAGUCAUGAAAUUCAUUUAACAUUUAGCAUUACGAGUUAGGAAUUAUGUAAACACACCGGUUAAUUUGAUAAAUUUAUCAUAUUUACCAAAUUUAGUGGUGAUGAUGCUCAAUUACCGAUCAUUAUAUAUAAUCACCAGUUAUCACUUAUACCAUGACAUACAUACAUGUAUCGACAGACCGCUCCGUUGCUGUUGCGGAGUUGGGCACGAUGGUCAAGCACAACCAGAGACAUGUACGUGAACUAAACUACAUCUAGGCGUAACCUUUUCAAGCCAAUACGGUAGAUAACAAUUAUACCGUUCGGGGUAACAAGAACAUUAUAGUAACAUGAGAAACCAAAGUUUACUUGCAAUCUUGGGCAUCAUAGUGGUAGAAUGGUAGUUGUGUUUGAGGUGCUAAGUGGUGUAUCAGUGUUAAUAAAGUAAAGUUAUUAAACGUGAUUACUAUUUCUUAUGAUAAACAAUAAUUAUGAAAUGGUUAAAUUUGUUGCUCGUAUAUUUGUGAAAAACAAUAUAUUAAAAAUUCUUCGGUACCAUUUUAUACGAUCAGUUGAAAGCCUCUUCCAGCUGAGAACCUCAGGAUCCAGGAAAUUAACAGUACCUACUGCUGGAGAUUUAAAAGAAGAGGUAUUAAGUUUUGGUUCCCACGAGUGUUUGGCAAUAAUUUAGUCAAAUGUAGGUAAGUAAUCGUUAAUUAAACAAAGAUAACAAAUUAUAGUUUCAGAAGCUUUAUUAUUGACACUAUAGUAUUGUUUCACCACUAUGUGACAUCAUUAGAUGUGAUUAUUUGACAACAAUACGCCCAGCAUAGAAGUACUGAUAUAAUGUAGAGAAGGUAGGGGUAGUAAAACCUUUAUUUUCUAAUAGAUUUAAUUCUAAGACUGAUAUUUGCUGCUAACUUAAGUAUGUCAAAUGUUUCCGGACGGCGACAUGUUACCAAUGCUUGCCUUAGUAAAUCGCGAUUCAGGUCUGACAAUUUCGAUGAAUUACUGACUAAAAACUGAAUUCGUUCUUACUAUUUUAAUUUACGUGCCUUACUCAUGCAUAUGGAUAUUAUGCGUCGUUGAUUCAAUUGGACAAGUACAUACCUUAAAAAGGCUCUUGUCUAUCAUCAGAAAAAUUUCAGUUAUCAGAAAAUACUAGUAGGUGACAACAUAUCUCCAUAACUCCAUCUUUUUUAGUUGUUAAACCUCAACUUCUUCAUUGGAAUGGUUAUUCAACAUAACAUUUAUUUUAUAUGUUUCCCUUAUAAUUUGUUCCCACAAUAUUAAUUAAUUUACAUAUUCUAUUCAGCAAAUUUAAAUCUAUAUAUGUUUGUAUAUCUUUAUAUUACUUUAUAAGAAAAGCAAUAGGAAGAUAUGAAGAAUUACAAAGGAAUUACAUUAAUGGAUAGUAAGAAAUAGGGUGGAUGAUCAAAUAAAUGUGAAUAAGGUAUUCGACGAAGAAGGGGAAUAGGGUACAACAGGUGCAAUGUUCAUAUCGGCAAAUGUAAUUCACGUUGGACCCCCUGUAUAAUCGUAACAUGAUGUUAGUUAGGUAUACUAGAACGGUUGCCAGAUACUCCAGCUUUUGGGGUGGUGCUGCGGAAACCACAAGGGAAAUACUACGUCAUUCAGCAACUACAGGCGCUCAGCGCACGUAUUCAGUGAUGCCAGAUGCACGGAUUUUUCCGUUCUGCACGGUUUUCACGCGUUCAUAAAAAAGUACACGGAUUUUUAAACGGAUUUCCCAGGAUUUCGCUAAUUUCAUGGAUUUUCUACGGAUUGUAUUUACCAAAAGAGGUGCAUUUCUUGAAAUAUGUAUAGCUUUCUCUUUUUAGCUUAGAGAUGUAGACAGUGGCAAACAUAUACUUCUUGCGGUUCAUGUGUAAAUAUGCCUUGGAAAAUGGCAAGCGACAGUGAUUCUGCUACCACACCACCACCCAAAAAAUGUCCGAAUUAGAAACUGCAGGAACAUAGCAAGAAAAAAAUUUUGACAACAUACUGAUGGGCUUAGUCCAUAGGUAGGUACGUAGUAUCGGCGCCGUAUCGUCAUUAAGUAAUCCUUAUUAGAAAGAACUGAUUUGGGGCUCUUGGCACGUGGGGACCAGGAGAAUGAGAGAAUCCUGAAAAAAUACUGGAUAUUCGAAAAGACUAUGCAAAACCAGUGAGACGUCUUAUGGUUGCGGACACGAUACGGUGGUCAAGGAACAUAUCUGUCGAACACGUCUCGGGCAUCCGACAAUACAGUGAAGAAUAACUACACCAAGAGGCAUCACCAACUUCACUAACACUUUCAACUCAAUAGCUACUGUACCCAAAUGGCUAGGAACCAACUAGUGCAAUACAUCACUACAGAUAUCGUAAUGACAUCUAGCAUUAAGUUAAUAUGUAACAUUGCAAUACAUAUAAACUUAUUUGUGCUAACUUAAUUGUACCCUUUGGAGAAUCUAUCCUUCAAAGAGAAAGGUUCACCCUGUAGGCACCAAUGUAGUUCAUUACUGUAGUCGAUUGUUCCUUAGUCGGGGUCACUACUGCAGUGAUUUAUGACCAGCGAAAUUGCUGUUCUGAUAUGAACCGAUUUUAUAAUAACGUUGGACACUUUCCAGCAUCUAUCUUGAAUUGACACUACUGCAGCAUCCGAUGGUUUUGCACUAAAGUUAGAUCAGCAAGUUACACUUGUUUGUGAAAUAUCUCUGACCUAGUUGUCGCACUGUGUCGAGAUUUUUCUAUGCCAGCAUAAAAAUGAGUCACAUAUUAAAUGUUACACUUUUGAAUUAUGAUAAUGAUAUACCGAGUGUGCUCACAGUUAUUUUCAUGCAGUUUCAAAGCCGCAGAAUUUUUUUUAAACACAAUUAAUAAGUGCACAAACAUUACAAUUUACAUCGCAAACAACGGACGAAACUCGAAUUGCACGUAAGAGCAUAAAAUAACUGGACAUUAGGGUUACCUGCGCUUAAUAUACAUAAGAUAACGGGUUAAAAUUUCACAAUUCUUUUGUAUUUAUGAUUCACAAAAAUAUAAAUCUGGAUAAUGUUGAUAAAUGUAAUUAUUUAAAAAAUUAUAUAACUGUCGAAGAGUUUGGCUUAUCAGACGUAAAUUAUACCAUUGCUUGAAACAAAUUAAAAUCGUGGUAUGAAAACUCAACUGCGUUGCUAAAGCAUCAUACAAGUAACUUACAUAAAUCACAAAAAGAACGAGUAAACCGUCCUUUAAAAUUUAGCACUUGAAGUACUUGGAGAAAACAUAUAGUAUUGGGCCCAUUUAGAAAAUCAUUCUAAAUUUUCACAAAAAACAGUUAUUGAUAAUUUUUCUAAUAAUGAGAAAGCAAAUAAUAAUUUUUUCAAUUAAGAACAUUCCCGUAAGGAAUUAUAAUAUAAAAUUAUAUGCGGUCAUACAGGUGUAUUAUGUAAGGUUGCACACCCAUUGUAUGCCUGCGAAAGUUUCAAAAGGUUUUUACUAAUUGAAAGUGUGCAAUUUUCAAGUAUAAUUCAUAUUAUAAUUUGUUACAUUUUAAAACUUACAGAUUAUUUGUUCGUGUUUAUCACUGUCGCGACAUUGUUUAUGUUAUUGUUUCAGCGACUGGUUUUUCGCUGCUAGUAAUAGGUCUAAUAAUGAUUCAUUCGCCUGCUUGAAUUCGUUAAUGUAACCCGGAUUAUUCCCGCGGUACUAAAUGUACAACUUUUGUAAUAAUCUUUGAAAGACUAAACGUUAAAAAACUUAGCAGCUCUCUUAUUGAGAAAAGCACGCUGUACAUUGGUCCUUCAAGCCGGAUAGGGUAGUGAUAACGGCUAUACUUCCGGUAAAUACAGUGCUAGGUGACCGUGGGAAAAAUCGAAAAAUUCGAACUGUCUUCAGAGUGCGGCGGCGAAAUCGAAAAGCAGACCGACUGAAGAGAGUACAGGCGGUUGAGAUCCAGAGGCAGGAAGCGGGGAAAUCGGGAAAGCGGCUUGCUGAAAAGGUUAGUGAGCAUCCUUUUUUCUAACUGUCCUUUGGUUAUCUAAGUGUGACAGCUUUGUUUGAGCUUAAAUUGUACGUUGUACUGAUAAAUUAAAAUGUCGUUGGCGGAAUUGAAGAAAUUGCUCGUUAAGCGUUCUCAUUUAUAGGGAAAAUUAAAUAAUAUCGGAUUAUUUGCGCAACAAUUCGACUCGUUUAAGCAUGAUAUCAAAGAUAUUCAGGUUCGCUUGGCUGAAAUGCCUAAAAUUCGAGACGAUUACGAAGAGGUAAUCUUUGAGAUAGUCAGAUUAGAAAUCGCAGACGAAUCUAUGUCGGAACAAAAACAGGAUCCGAAUCCUACAGAAUCGAUAGGAGAAAACGAAAUGUCGGCUCUAAACAAAUUCGAUACUGAUUGGUUGAAAAUUAUGAGCGACCUCCAAAGGGUUUUUCAAAGGUUAUCAGUGGCACCUAGUGCAAACGUGCCCGUGGCGGGUUCUGUCCAGGCGUCAAAUCCUAGUCAGUUUAAUGUGAGACUUCCACGAAUCAAUUUACCUCAAUUUUCGGGAGAAUAUACGGAAUGGUUACCCUUUUACAAUGCGUUUGACAGCCUCAUUCAUAAUAACUAUACGUUAGAUGACUGUCAAAAGUUUCAUUACUUAAAAUUUUUGGGGGGUGAAGCGGCUCGUCCGAUUGAAUCAUUGGCAAUCACCGCUAAUAAUUAUCAGUCUGCGUGGUCCAUACUGCAAAGGAGAUAUAAAAAUGAUAGGCUGAUAGUAUACAGUCACGUAAAUUCGAUUCUAAAUACGCCCGAAUUAUCGAAGCCAUCGACGGAGGGCUUGAGAAAAUUAGUGAACGACAUUUCUGCGAAUUUAGAGGCAUUAAAGGCAAUGCAGAUUCAAGUAGAUUCUUGGGAUGCUUUUCUUGUCCCUCUGAUAAUAAGUCGUAUAGAUUAUCAGUCGAGGAAAGAACUAGAACUUACAUUAGACUCGAGCGUUCCAAAGUUGAAGGAUAUUUUGGAAUUUUUAGAGAAGAGAUGUGUCACUCUUCAGUGCAUUCAAGGGGGUUCUAAAUCGUCAAAGCCUGAGUCAACGCAGAUCAAAAAAGAUUAUACGAAGCGAUCUUCUCACGUUGUUACGACGAGAUUAGCGUGUAGAUAUUGCGACAAAAGACAUUUUGUAAACCAAUGCGGAGAUUUUUUGCGUUUAAGUAUCGGCGAUAGGAUCAAGGAGGUAAAGAAUAAGAAUCUUUGUCUUAACUGCUUGAGGAAGAAUCAUACGACAAACGCGUGUAGAGCAAAAGGUUGCAGCAUUUGUAAAUCAUAAUCACACAUCAUACAUUGUUACAUGAUAGGAGCGCUAAAAAUAGUUCGGAAUCUGAUUCCCCGAAUCACGGCUUUGCUAACAAAUCAAAACCAGAAACCAAGGUUAAUGCUACAGUAAAUCACUUUAAAUCAAAAGGCGAUACACACGUUAUUUUAUCGACAGCGCUUAUUUGGAUAAAACAUUGUGGUGGUCAAUAUCAAGAAUGUCGCGCGCUUUUACGCCGGAUCGCAAAUAAACUCAAUGUCGACAGGUACAUGUAAACGACUGGGCCUAAACCCGACUAUUUCCGUAUCGGGAAUUAAUCACACGUGCACCAAAAUUUCAAAAUCAGUCGAAAUAUGGAUCAGGUCGUCUGAUUCCAAAUUUAAAAUGCCCGUUACUUGUUGUAUCAUAGAACGUGUAACUUCAAAUUUGCCCAUCGUUUCAUUCAAUACCGAAUACCUUUCCAUUCCGUCAGACAUCUAUUUAGCGGAUCCAGAUUUCAACACAAGUCGUCCUGUUGAUUUAUUAUUAGGGGCUGAAGUAUUUUGGGAUUUAUUGUGCGACGAUCGCAGGAGACUGUCGAAUCCUAACUUGUUCCUUACAAAAACAUUGUUAGGUUGGGUAGUUGGGGGAGCAUCUUAUAAUUUCGAGAAUUCGGGACGAUCCGGAAAUCGAGUCGCGAACCUGGCCAUAAAGGAUUAAAGCGACGAACUUCAACGACUCAUGGAAAAAUUCUGGAUUCAGGAAGAAAUCCCAGAAUCCAAGGAAAAGUGGUCUAAAGAGGAAAUAGAAUGUGAAGAACAGUUUAAAAACACGUACAUGCGUGAUCCAUCGGACGGUAGAUUUGUCAUGAAGUUACCAUUCAAGAAAGGAAACGUAGAAUUAGGCGACUCAAGCGGAGUUGCGCUCAGAAGAUUCUUGUCAUUGGAAAGGAGAUUCAAAAGGGAUCGUAAAUUCAAAGAUUUGUACUCAAACGCCAUGCAAGAGCUCAUUCAGUCGAAUAUUGUGGAAAGAGUACCAGAAGGCAAAGUCACUCAUGAUUCCACUUACUAUUUGCCGCUUUCGGGCAUAGUAAAAGAAGCCAGACAAAAAGUAAAGAUACGAAUAGUGUAUGAUGGUUCGGCAAAGUCGACCAACGGGUUGAGCCUAAACGACAAUUUGAUGACGGGCCCGAAUUUACAAACAGAAUUAUUUUCUCUGCUCAUAUGCUUCAGAAUGCAUCAAAUUGCCUUCUCAUGCGACAUGGAGAAAAUGUUUCUACAGGUCAAAAUAAAUCCUGAAGACACGAAUUAUCAGAGACUUUUCUGGAGAAAUUCGGAGAGCUAAUCGGUUCAAAUUUACCGACUGACAAGGCUGGUCUUUGGCUUAACAAACUCCCCAUUUACAGCCAUGAGGUGUGUAAGGCAGUUAGCCACGGACUCGGCGGAAAAUUUCCCACUGGCAAGCGAAACCCUCGAAAGAGAUGUUUAUAUGGACGACGUCUUGAGUGGCGGAUCGACUAUUCAAGAUGCGUUAAAAUUGAGAGACGAAUUAAUUGAAGUCCUAAAUGGAGGAGGAUUUAAACUGUCAAAAUGGGCUAGCAACGAUUCAAGACUAAUACCAUUACCUUUGGAACAAGGAGAUGAAGACCGAAACGCGAUCGAACAGGAUAAAGCUGACACAUCCAAAGUGUUAGGCUUAAUAUGGAACUUCAGGGAAGACACCUUAUAUUUCAGAGUAUCUGUCCGCACAUCACAUUCUAAGAUUACGAAAAGAUCGAUACUUAGUUCGGUAGCGAAACUAUUCGAUCCCAUUGGAAUUGUUUCCCCGGUUAUUGUCAAGGCUAAAUUAAUAAUGAAAGAAUUAUAAGCAUGCAAGCUAAAUUCAGAUGAUGAAGUUCCCCCAGAGGUCCGGAGAGUUUGGGAAAGAUAUCUUGAAGAGCUUGAGGAGUUAAACUCGCUAGUAAUACCUCGUAAAGUGCUACCCGUCUCAAGCGGAGUUCACGAUUUGAUUAUGUUUUGCGACGCCUCAUUGCAAGCGUAUGGAGCGAGCAUUUACGUCCGUACGAGAUUGAGUGACGGAAGCUAUGAGUCUUACAUGGUUUGUAGCAAGUCCAAAGUGAGUCCAGUGAAGGUGAUUACCUUGCCACGCCUCGAACUUUGCGCUGCUGUUUUAGGGGUAAAAUUAAUGAAUAGGGUAUCACAAGCGUUAAAGUUGAAAAUCAGAAACAAAUACUACUUUUCGGACUCAGAAAUAGUAUUGCAUUAUAUAAAGUCUAAUGCGAAUAUUUGGCAAGUGUUUGUUGGAAAUAGGAUUUCCCAAAUUCAAAAUUUAAGCGACAUCCGAAACUGGUAUCAUGUGGAUUCAAAACCCAAUAUCGUCUCAAGGGGAGCUUUUCCCAGACAACUCAUGGUUUCAGAACUGUAUUGGAAAGGUCCCGAAUUUCUAACUCAUGAACAAUCAGAGUGGCCAAAAUCAAAAUCAAAUAAGUCACUGGAUGCGAAUGACCUGUCAGAGAAAAGAAAGGUUGUCCUGGUAACAGCAAUGGAAGUCAACAUGAUUGAUUUUUCUAAAUAUAUUCAUCCAUUUCUAAGAUGCAAGGAAUUGUUGCCUAUGUGUUGCGAUUUUCACAUAACUUGAAAAACAAGAACAAUAAGCGAGUUGGGAGUUUGACGACAGAAGAGUUGACCGAAGCGAAAUAUUGAUUUUAAAACAGAUCCAAGCGGAAGAAUUCCAACCAGAAAUCGCUUCAUUGUCCAAAACCAAUCCAGUGAGUAAAUCGAGCAAAAUAUUUAACCUAGACCCGUUUUUGGAUAAACGCGGAUUGCUGAGAGUUGGAUGCAGAUUGCACAACGCGCCUAUUGAAUACGAAAGAAAAUAUCGGAUUUUCGGAGGAUAACAUACCACCUUUAGCAUAGAAACUGGCGAGAAUCGAAGAGGUUUUCCCAGGGUCGGAUGGUGUGGUCCGAGUAGCAUCUGUGCGCACCGGCCAAGGGAUAUACAAACGUUCAAUCAGAAAAUUAGCCGUUCUUCCCAGAGAACAGGCUGUGAUUACGGACUGUUAAGUGCAGUGAAGUGCGCAACUGAAAGUUAAAUACCAGAGAUUUUGCAUGUUUGCUCUAAUUUUGAGUUUUGUUCGCAUGUUUAUUGUUGUAGAAUUUUCUAAAUUUUUAUUCAUAAUGUUUAGCUGCACUACUGAUUAGUUGACAUUUGUCAAGGUGGGGGAGGAAAUGUGCAAUUUUCAGGUGUUAUUCAUAUUAUAAUUUGUUACAUUUUAAAACUUACAGAUUAUUUGUUCGUGUUAAUCGCUGUCGCGACAUUGUUUAUGUUAUUGUUUCAGCGACUGGUUUUUCGCUGCUAGUAAUAGGUUUAAUAAU